AUGUACUGCAUGGCGGAGAGAGUGGUAGGAAAGCUCGGUGUACUUGUAGAGGCGGGACGGCGCGCGCGCGUUUGCUACCCCGUCCGCUGGCGGCCUCGUGAUCUGAGGAUAUUAUGUUGGUGUACUGUGCUAUGUGUCUUAGUGUACUGUUAUUUUUUUUACGCGUUACAACUUACGAGCGACGUGAUCUUUCGCGGAUGUGUGUGGAUGCGUGGGUAUACGCCAUCGCUGUUGGGGAUUUGGAUGUGUCAGCGAGCAGUUUCGGGGUCCUUUCGGAGCUACGCCGCGGCAUACGGGCGGCAGAGCGAGCGCCCAGCGGUGACCACUCGGUGA